AUGGCAAUGGCAAGCAAAGAGAGAGAGAAAAAACUCUUCUUUGUUGGGUCACUGGUGAACUACGCUGCAGAACUGAAGCUUCUUCUCACAACCGUCCUUCUCCUUUGCGGCGUCGCCACUCUCCUUCAGUUCCUCCCUUCACGUUUCACCAUCUCUUCCUCCGAUCUCCGCCUCUGCAUCUCAAGGGUCUCCCUACAAUCUCCACCACUCUCUACACCACCACCACUAGCCACACCCCCUCCACCACCCUCUUCCGCCGCUCUCCUUCCCAACGCCACCAUUAAGCGUGUCUUCAACACUUACGGCUCCGCAGCCUACAACUUCAUCACCAUGGGAGGAUACCGAGGAGGACUCAACACCUUUGCCAUCGUUGGCCUCUCUUCCAAGCCACUUCAUGUUUACGGAAAACCCACCUACGAGUGCCAGUGGAUCCCUCUACAAAACACCACCUCUUCUCCAAAACCCAUCACCACAAAGGGCUUAAAGUACCUCCCCGACUGGGGCUACGGCCAUGUCUACACCGUUGUGGUUGUCAACUGCACCUUCAACGGCACCACCAUCAAUGCCGCCAACACCGGUGGCAGGUUGGUGCUCCAUGCUUCCACCUCGGGAGCCGGAGACACCAACUUCAACGUCACUGACAGAAUAGAGGUUCUGGAAGAAGCAGCAGGGAGUUUUAAUGCCUCACUCUUUUUGUCGAAGCCUAAGUAUGACUACUUCUACUGUGGCUCUUCUCUCUACGGGAACCUGAACCCUCAGAGGGUGAGGGAGUGGAUUGCUUACCACGUGAAGUUUUUUGGGCCAAGGUCGCAUUUUGUUAUUCAUGAUGCUGGUGGGGUGCACGAGGAUGUGCUGGAGGUGCUGAAGCCAUGGAUGGAACUGGGGUAUGUGACGGUGCAGGAUAUUAGGGACCAAGAGAGGUUUGAUGGGUACUAUCAUAACCAGUUCAUGGUGGUGAAUGAUUGCUUGCAUAGGUACAAAUUCAUGGCCAAAUGGAUGUUCUUUUUCGAUGUGGAUGAGUACAUUUAUGUUCCUCCUAAGAGUACUAUCAAGACAGUCCUCAACUCGCUCUCAGAAUACGACCAAUUCACCAUUGAACAGAUGCCCAUGAGCAGCAAGAUUUGCCUCUCUCAGGAUUAUGGCAAAACUCACAGGAAAUGGGGUUUUGAGAAGCUUGUGUAUAGAGAUUCAAUCACAGGCAUUCGUAGAGAUCGAAAAUAUGCAGUGCAACCACGGAGCUUGUAUGCAACAGGGGUGCACAUGUCACAGGAUCUAUCAGGAAAAACCACUCACAAAACUGAAGGUAAAAUCAUGUACUUCCACUAUCAUGGAACCAUAUCAGAAAGAAGAGAAUCAUGUAAAAUACUGGUAAACACGACACAAGUCACCAACGAAAAAAUCCCUUAUGUGUUGGACACCACAUUGAGGGACAUUGCUGGGGUAAUCAAGAAAUUUGAGCUCAAGAUGAUUGGAUCAAGGUUGCAGAACAAGACAACGCAAUGACACACUUCAAAUCUUUUUUUUCUUUUCUCUUCGUGGGGCUUUCAUAAAGAAAUAUGUGAUUUAACUUGUGGCAGGAUAGAAGAUUCACCCAUUUCUUUUUCUAAUAUCUGUAUUAUAAAUAUAAUUUUUUUAAUUAUUUGGUACACGGGUAUACGAUCUUGUUGCAUAUUAAAAUUAUUGGGUCCUUGGUUUGGUCAUUUGAGUUUUUGUUAUAUGCUGUAUUUUGUAAAAAAUAAUGAAUAAAAAAGAUGAAUGAUUUAAUAAUGGUGUCGGUGAGGGGACCAGAGCAUCCCCCAACUUAGGCGCCAUCAUAUG